GCGUCUUGACCCUUUCCCCGUCGGGUGGUCGCUAAGCUUGGCACAUGUCUGGUGGUCAUCACUAACAGGUCCUGAUUCAUCUUCUCUAUUUUUCGGAUAUUUCACGCUCAUCUUGGCUGUUCAGCGAUGUACACGCAAGCUGACGAGUACGAUGGUGGCGAUGCAGGGUAUGAGGAUGAUUACUCAGGUUACCAGGGGGAUGGUGACGAUAGUGUUGGAUCAUAUAAUGUGCCCGAAGAGAUAAAGAGGUUCAUCCAUUUUUUUCACCAACAUGUUCUAGAACAGAAUCUUUAUGAGAUCCAGUCUAUUUAUGAAAAUGGAUUCAACAAGCUGACUGAUCGAUACUUCAACAAGACGCCCUGGCCUGAGGCGGAGUUCAUUGCUCCUCUCGUCUCUGGGGAUCAAGUUUUUCUCAUCUUGUACAAGGAGCUGUACUAUCGCCACAUCUACAACAAGCUAAAGCCUACAGUUGAGCAGAGAUUUGAGUCCUAUUACAAUUACUGCGAUCUUUUCAACUACAUCCUCAAUACUGAUGAGCCUGUUCCGCUGACCCUGCCAAACCAAUGGCUAUGGGACAUCAUUGAUGAGUUCAUCUACCAGUUCCAAGCAUUCAGUCAAUUCCGCUCCAAGCUCCAGAACAAGCCUGAAGAUGAGAUUGAUGUCCUGCGAGCCAACAGUAAGAUCUGGAACAUCCACAGUGUUCUGAAUGUACUUUACUCCCUGGUGGAGAAAUCAAGAAUUAACUAUCAGCUUGAAAUGUACAACACCAAUGGUAACCCAGACGAGGUGUCCGGGGAAUUUGGUAUCCACCCAUUGUACAAGAUGCUUGGCUACUUCAGUCUGAUUGGGCUGCUGCGUCUCCAUUCCCUCCUUGGUGACUAUUUCCAGGCUAUCAAGGUGCUGAGUAACGUGGAGUUGACCAGAAACACCAUGUAUUCCCGGAUCCCGGCCUGCCAGAUCACCACCUACUACUACGUCGGCUUUGCCUACCUCAUGAUGAGAAGAUACCAGGAUGCUAUCCGUUGUUUCUCAAGUGUCCUGUUGUAUAUUCAAAGAACUAAGAACAUGCUUCAAACAAAGUCUUACCAGUAUGAAGAGAUAAUGAAGAAGAAUGAUCAGAUGUACAACUUGCUGGCUAUCGCUCUAACCCUCUGCCCCCAGCAACUUGAUGAGAAUGUCCACAGCCAGCUGAGGGAGAAGUGUACUGAGAAGAUGCAGAAACUUCAAAAAGGCGAUCUUCAGAUGUUUGAAGAGUGUUUCUCAUAUUCCUGCCCAAAGUUUGUCUCCCCCGUGCCUCCAAACUUUGACGCUCCUCCAGCAAAUUACAACAGAGAGCCUUUUAACCUGCAGCUGAAGGUCUUCAUGAACGAGGUUGCACAGCAGUCUAUGAUUCCUGUUAUUAGAAGUUAUCUGAAGCUGUAUACGACAAUGCCCAUCGCCAAACUUGCUGCCUUUCUUGAUAUGGACGAGGCCACAUUUAGAAACCAACUUCUCUGCUACAAGCAUAAGCAGAGGAACCUGGUGUGGACUAAGGGAACUGACGGACUUGAUGGAGAACAGCAGUCCUCAUCAGAAGUCGACUUUUACAUCGACCGGGACAUGAUUCACAUUGCCGACACAAAAGUUGACCGCCGUUAUGGGGAGUUCUUUAUGAGACAGAUCUACAAGUUUGACGAGAUGGCAAGAAAUCUACAGGCGUUAUAACGAUCGCAAGAAAGCAUGUCUUCAAAUUCACACAUGAAUAUAGAAGCAACAGUACUUGAAGGCCCUGGCCCGAACUCCACCAUGUACCAGUGAUGAUAUCAUUUCUUGGUUCGGUCUUGUUGUUGACUUAAACAUGACAUGAAAAGCUCUAUUAAAUAGCUAAGUUUUUUAGCUACAACAACAACCCAGCAACAACACAAUGAGAGACAACAGCAGAGACAACAACAUAAUAGGCGACAACAGCAACAACAACACAAUCAACAACAGCAGCAGCAACAACUAAAACAACAACACAAUAAGCAGUAACACUUGUAGGAAUAAUAGCAUUAACAGCAUCGAUAACAUCAGAAUAAACACCAACAAAAAAUAAACAAAAACUACUACAAUGAUAACAAUUACAGCAGCUUAAACAAAAGCAGUAACAAUAAAAGUAUUGGUAACAAAAACAGUAGUUGCAAUACACACAACAACAUGGACGACAGUUACGUCAAACUAUGUCUAAUCAUUGUCAUCAUCAUAAUCACCAUCAUUGUUAUAAUCAUCAUCAUCAGAGGUUGUGGUCGGAAUCCUUAAAGUGCGACGCGCGUAUAUCAGGAUUCCAUCGUGUUCUUAUGCGUACUGAAGCAUUUUUUGCCACGUUAAUUGGCUAGUAAAGUUGAUGUCAAUCAGAUGGCACGUUUCUCGUAUCCUUAUUGGUCUACUUCACAAAAUGUCAAAGUGGCCACGGUAGCGCGCGUCGCAUUGUACUGGGCUGGAUGAUCGUGCAUGUAACAGCAGAAAUAAACAACAAGGGCCUG